UUUAGCCGCAAUCUGGUAGCUUGCUCUAGUUUCGAGCACAAUAUGUUUUCUCGUAUGAAGUAAACAUGCCGUGCUGCUUCUGAAAUUCUUGUUUGCUACAGUUCACAGCAAUAAUAACCAUAGCGUAUUACCACGCUCGGAAGUAAGCAGUUAGAUCGGUGUUCGAAACUUUGAGUUGCUUGGCCACAUUCCGCACGCACGUGCUUGUAAAGUUCUCUUGUCGUCUGCGCUUAGUCGCGCCGUCGCGCUUAGUCGUCUGCGUCGCCUCAUUUUAGUCUGGAGUUGCACUCGAUGUGUUUUCAUGAGCUGCAUCGUUGAAUUUAGUAACUGUCAGCUUAAAUUUUUGUCCCUAGAAGGAAAGUAAAGGGCCUGGUUUCGGUUCUGUCGCACCGGUUACUCAACACCGCUCCGACAGCCCCGAAAGAUCCAGCUGCAACCGGAUGCUUCAUGCAUGAAUAGGACGUAUUUGUUUCGGUCGUCAAAGUAUCCCUGCAAUAGCAGGGUAUUCAUUUCGCCAAGCCCCGUUUAUUAUUCACCAGAACCGUCAAUAAGUCGAUAUUAGGACUACCGAAUGUGCUCCAAUAAUGCAUUCGGCGGUUCAAGAACCAUUAGGGAGUACAUUAUCGAAGAAACGUUCCAGUGAACUGCAAGCACAAGUUUCGUGACCAUUGGUAGACCACCUACAAGCCAAGAGUGCAGAAAUACCAUGACUGCAAUGGCAGAAGAAAAUGCUGCACCCUUAGUGAGCAGCAACGCAUCGUCCGCACAAGCUGCGAAAGACGUGCCGCUGAUCGCCGUUGACCGUGAGGAGGACCGAGCAAGCAAGCAAGAGGACCACAGAGUAGAGAGCUCCCAGUCAGCUGAGAGGAGCAACGAAUUUGACCGCGGCAAAUGGGAGGGCAAACUCGAUUUUGUCUUUGGCUGCAUCAACUACGCUGUGGGCCUCGGCAAUGUGUGGAGAUUUCCGUACCUGUGUUACGAAAAUGGGGGAGGUGCCUUCCUAGUGCCUUAUUUCUUCUGCCUUAUUAUGACUGCCAUUCCAACAUUUUAUCUCGAAGUUGCCCUGGGCCAAUACGUCAGUAAGGGGAGCAUCGGUGUAUGGAACCUCGUUCCAAUGUUCAGAGGUAUAGGGAUGGCAUCGAUGGUAAUAGUAUUCUUCUCCAACGUCUACUACAUCAUCAUUGUGUCAUGGAUAAUAUUCUACCUGACUGCAUCCUUUUCAAUUCACGGCUUGCCUUGGGAACACUGUGGUAACUACUGGAACAGUGAACACUGCCACGAGUUCAACGGGACCGCUACCAUAAAUGACACUUAUGCAACACCUAUACAGGAGUACUGGGAAUGGCGAGUUCUGAAGGUUAGCAGUGGCCUGGAAGAUCUCGGCGCACUUCGUGGCGAACUGGCCGUUUAUCUUCUGAUUGCCUGGAUUAUUGUGUACUUUGUAAUUUGGAAGGGAAUUCAUAAGAGUGGAAAGAUAAUUUGGUUCACUGCACUGUUUCCUUACGUCAUAAUGGGCGUUCUCCUGAUUCGAGGAGUAACACUGCCAGGGGCUGCGACCGGUCUCUACUACUACAUAUCGCCCACUUGGGGAAAGUUGCUUUCACCACAGGUGUGGAUUGCUGCUGGAACACAGGUAUUUUACACGUUUGGAGUUGGCUUUGGGUCCGUCAUUGCUCUGGGCAGCUAUAACAAGUUUCACCACAAUUUCUUCAGGGACUCGAUGGUAUUAUGUGUGGUAAACCCUUUGACCAGCAUCAUGGCUGGAACGGUGAUAUUUUCUGUGCUCGGACACCUCUCCCACCUCUCCGGCAGGGAUGUCGGUGCUGUUGUUAAAUCGGGUCCUGGUCUAGCAUUCCUGGCUUACCCUGAAGUCGUGGCCAAGAUGCCUGGAGCCCCAGUGUGGUCCGUCCUCUUCUUUCUUAUGUUACUCAUACUGGGAAUUGACAGCCAGUUCUGUACGGCUGAAGCACUGGUGGCUGGCUUCACGGAUGUCUGGCCUUGGCUGGUGACACGCAGAAAGUCGGUGACACUGCUGUUUUGCAUGUUUCAGUUCCUACUUGGCCUUCCCAUGGUGACGCAGGGCGGCAUUUAUAUCUUUCACCUGGUGGACACGUAUGCAGUCUCCGGGAUGACGCUGCUGUUUAUUGUCUUCUUUCAAAAUGUGUCCAUAUCAUGGGCAUACGGUACACGCAAGUUCUGUAGCAACGUCAAGGAGAUGAUAGGACAUCCUCCAAACAUCUUCUUCCGUCUGACUUGGCAGUACGUUGUUCCUUUCGUUUGUGUGAGCAUAUUUGUGUCGUCGAUCAUCCAGUACGAACCGCCGACUUACGCCAAAACAUACGUGUACCCGUGGUGGGGCCAACUCUUGGGUUGGUCCAUGGGCUUGGUUUCCAUGGCAAUGAUUCCACUCUAUAUGGUCUACUUUAUUUCCUCCAGGGAAGGGUCACUCGCAAAUCGCAUUCGUGAGGGCCUCAUACCCAAGGUUCAUCGAAUUCGUCGUCCCAGCAACGAUGAUGUUCCCCUGCAUGCCAUCUCAAAAGCUGUUGCGUCUGGGACCAGUUGACGACAGUAUUUGUUGCGAGAUAAAUUGCACACGUUCAAUUUAAUGUUAUGUUUUAAUGUUAAGUACAGCUCGGUAUGUCAAAUAUUUUUUUACGGAUUUAUGUGCUGAUUAUUUAUGUGGGUACCCUUGUGGAUAAUGUACGUCCUGUCAUAACAAAGUAGACACGGAAUUUAUAAGAAAUGAUGAGAAAAAAUAAAACAAUUUGUUGUCGA